CUCGACCAGAAUUGGCCGUUCCCGUGGAUUCAGACUAUGUACGCAGAUGUAGGUAGUUGGAAUAGGGUUAGUUCCAGUGGAGGUUCAUCGCAGUCUUCAAUUUUGUGGUCUCAACUUUGCUAUUGGCAGGUAAGUUUUUCGGACCCAAUUAUAUGAGUUUUGUUGCCGACUAGAAAACCAAUGCUCAUCAGUCUGAUUCUGGGUUUGCUUUCUGGUGAUUGGAGUUGUCGUCGGGAUUUGGUGUUUCGAGGGAACAACAUAGCCCAAUAUUAGAUGAAGUAGAAGCUUUUGGUGGAUCUGGCUCCAUGCUUCCUCACAGCUCAACCCCACUACGUUUGAGCAGCAGGACAUGUUUCUUUUCCCCUCUAGGAGGAAAUUCAAGGGCAGCAUGAAUUGUAUGAAGUUCUCUAUUUUCAACCCUGUAAGUUGCCUUAUCCUAAUUUCUGAUUUGGCCUUCUCAUAAUCCCUAAUUGAAAAACCUUUUGAAUCCUGAUUAUGGGGUAUUAUUUGUGGGGGAAUAAACCAGGUGGAGAGGUUAUUUGGGCUAUCAAUUAGUCAGGUACAGGCUCAUACUUCCUAUGUUGAGGAACAAUUAGAGUUGACUAACAAGCUCCUAACUGAUUGCAAAAAGUAGAUUCAAGUUUGUUGUUAGGUCUGGUGGUAUUUUUAUUUACAACAUAGAGUCAUAUAUCCAUCUAUAUUUUCAUUUAUUUGUUCUGCAAUCUUUCACCACAAGAUUAGCAAGGUUGAUUCAAGUUUUGAUCUCGGACAAGUAAACUGUUUUACAUACUUUUCAGUUGAUCUAUUCCUCUCUUUCGUCGGUCUUAUGUCAUUAGGUUAAUUCUCUCUAGCGAUCUCCACUUCCCGGAGAAUGUAAAUCAUCUCAGUCAUACCUCAUCCGGUUUUGGGAAGCUGCAAUAUUGGCUCAUUCUUUUCCUUUUUGGCAUUUCCCCUCUUUUGCCAUUCGUGUGUGGUAGAGUUCAUAUAUGUCGCCAUGUGCUUUGAUGGAUCUUGCUUCCUUCCUUGAAUUGGGGUUUUUAAAGUGUCAAUUGGUCAUGAUACUGGAGAUAGAACACUUCUAGAUGGUGAGGAACUAAUAGAUUAUGUGGAUUUUGAAAUUAACUUAACCUUAUACCCUUUACGGUCGAGAUUUAGAGUUAUAGGCAAUCUAGCAGUUAUAGUGGAUGAACGAGAAAUUCAGUUUCUUCAGUCUAAUAUGAUACAACUGUUUAACGAAGUGGUUUUGUAGAGGGUGGUGUUGUUGAGAGAUAUCUCCAUGAGAAAGUUUAGUGAAGAAACAUUACUUAAAUUUAUUUUGCGCGAGGCGAUCCAUUUUUCUGAAUUAUCUCUCUUCUUUUCACUAGAUCUAUGCCUUCGUCGAUCAUGGUUGUUGUCGGCGGCCAAAAUUAUUUUCAAAUAUGGGUGCUUCCAGUCGAGGUUAGUGGACGCUUUGAAUUUAUCAUCUCAACUGUGAGAUUGACAGGAAUUACUUUCGUGUAACACAUUUAUUUUAGAGUUGCCGCCAAAUAGGCAUAUGUGUGAUUCGAGUUUGUUUUAUGGUAAUUGGAGUUAUCGUCAGGGUUUGUUGUAUUUGGUGUUGUCCUCAAGCGUUGUUGUCCUGAAGCUUCACUGAAUUAAACUCGGGUUGCAGUGACUUGCUACUUCCAUGCAUAACUUUGCGAGAAAGCGUAGCUGGAACGUGCCUUGAAAUAUCAACUAUUAGGAUGUGAAUGCCUUGCUAGAUUGAAGAUCCUCCAGUAAGCACCCUUCAUUCUCCUCCUUCUUCUUCUUAACCUGCAAAUGCACCAACUAUUUCUAAUAGUGGUCAUUAAUUUUUAUUGUUCGUUCAAUAGGUUGGGUUCCAUGAGUUUGGCUUAUCGUAGGUGUUUGGUGUUGAAUCCUAAUUUUUGAUAGUAUCACCUCGAACCAUUCGUCAAGUAUAGUUACAAAUACAUGUGUUGCACUGUGAAUGGAGAUUUGUAAUACACGUGUUGCACUGUGUGAUUGUGCUUGCCUGGUUUGGGUUGAUCUAAUAUUUGUGCUACUGGUAGUACCACCCCAGCCCGUAGGAAUCAAAUACACUAUUAAUAGAACCUAAUUAUGAAUCUAACCGAAUUGAGCCUCAUGAAUUCAGUGGAUGUAUGGUAGAUCUUAAUGGCUUUAGUGUUUGUCAAUGAAGCGGUUUGUGUCAAUUUGGAUUGUUCUACUGCAAUUUGUGGUUGAUCACUGUUUCGUUGUGCUUGAUGAAUCUAUAUAUUCGUCUUCUGAAAUUGAUAAAUCAAUUCCUUCAUAUUAUCCUGUAUUUCGCUUCAUCUUUUUCAAAUUCCAUAUGUUUAUGUUGAAUUCCCUCUGUUUUGUGUUGCCGAUAUGAUGCCAUUAUUGUGGUGGGAAUCAUAUAUAUAGAAAUACGUUCAUUGCAUUUCAGCCUGUGAUUUGUUUCACUUUGGAACAAUUGCAGGUCAUUUUUCUUUCUCGCUAGGCCCACCAUUUUCCUUCAUGGUGAUUCUAUCUAGGUUGUUGUUAAAAAUAGUAAUUGAUAAGAAGCCACAUUGGUGGGAAAUCAUGAAUUGAGAAAAGUAAGCGGGUGGUGCACUGUGUGAUUGUGGCUGAGUGGUUUGGGUUUAUCUAGAUUCCGUGGUAUUGGUCGUACUUGGUAGUACACCAGCCCGUACAUAUGAAUUACAUGAUUAAUAUAACCUAAUUACGAAACUAUCUCAAUUAAGCUUUCAUGAAUUCAGUCAAUGUCGGGUAGAUUUGUAGGACUUUGUUGUUUGUGAGUUGUUUCUAUGAAUUUGGUUUGUUGGGCUGCAAUUUGUGGCCUAAUACAGCAAUCACUAUUUUGUUGUCUUCGAUGAAUUUAUGAAAUAGCCUUAUAUAAUUGAAAAAUAAUUUCCUUCAUACAAUCCUUAAUUUUUGUUCGUAUUUGUCAAAUUAUAUAUGUUCAUAGGGAAUCUGUACUAUGUGUGUUGCCGAUAUGAUGUCAUCUUUGAGUUGGGCAAGAUAUGUAGAGACAAAGAUUCAUUUCAUUCAGUUUCCAUUUCAUCUGUCUGUUGAUUGUAAUUUGUUUUUCUCACUUUAGAAUGAUUUGAGGUGAUUUGUGUAUCUAUUACUCUGUCUAGGCAAUACUAGCUUGGUCCUUCAUUAAACAACCUAAAGAGUUGUGGGUCGGUCCUAAUCAAGUGGAAUCUCAAUCCUUUUCACUCUCACUUGCUUUCUCUCCAAUUCUACAAGUGGGUAAUAUACAGUAAUCCAGCAAACGGGGCCGGGUAAUAAACUAGUAUACUAUCCAUUUGAACAACCCUACUCAAAUCGCUCAUGCUCGAGAGCUUCGACCGACUCGGCUACUCCUUGUCCGAUUGUCACGUAAUCGCAGUAGGUUGGGCCUGAUAAAACAGGGCCGAACUCUGUUCUUUGAUAUGCCAACUGAAAGUUAUUAACAAAGGGACCAAUACAAGAGAAGAGGCUAUUCGUCCCUUUCGAAAAGUUGACUGAGAGCCCAACCCACAAGCCACAACCAAACUCCCUUUCUCCCUUCCUUUCCAUGGAGAUAAGAUCCAAUCACUCACAGGAUCUUCUUCCCCCUUCAUUUCCCUCGUCGAAUUCUGACCGUUUAAUUGAAUCCUCUCCAAUGUCUUCAACUGAUUCCACACUAAAAAAUUUCCUCCGUCUCCCACCAGAGCAAGAGGGAGCAGGGAGAGAAAAAAAGCAUCAACCAUGAAGUCCCUCUGCUGCCACUCUCCCCUCGUCCACAGUUCUUCCGCAGAACUUACAGUUACAGCCCUGUAUAAACCAUCAAUCCCCAAUUCUCACAAGAAGCUUCCAGUUACAGCUGCAUCCAGCUCGUAUUCCUUCCCAAAGUCUCUGCCUUUAGUAGCCACAGCUGCUGCUGCUUCUGUCGCCAUACUUCUCUCCGCAACCCCAGCUGAGGCAGGGUUUAUGUCUGGGUUCUCUGGGAUUGAAUCAGUACCCGGUCCUGAAUUGCCUAAGAUGGACUUCCUCACCCGCUUCAAUGAAGACAAUCAGAAGAAGUAUGCUGAAGAGGAUGAAAGAUUCAAGUCAUCUCCCAUUCUCAAGGAGCUACUGGAAAAAUCCAAGCUCAACAAGGAAAAGAACAAGCAGGAAAUACAGGACAAGUACUGCCUUCGAGGCGCGGAAUGGGGAGUUGGUGAUUGUUCAACAGAGGGCAUGUCUCCACAGCAAAGAGAAGAGUUCAUAGCCAUGCUGAAGAAGAAGACUGGAAUAGAAGAAUGAAAUGAAUGGACCUUACUCCAAGCUUUUACUUCUGGUUUUGUUUAGCAGUUAGUCUUAGUCUAUCGACUUCAGGAAUUCAUUUCACAUUCUCUACUGAGCUUCUGAACCCAUCACUUGAUUGGAAUCCUGUCAAAUGAAAGCAACCAAGUACUAGUGAUUUACUUGAUCAUGUUGCAUGUUCGUCGCCAUUUGGGAUGUUCCAUAGGUCAGCAUCAAGUAAUAAUCUCACAGAAGUGAGGACAGGCAAAAGUCCCUACUUUUUGGGGACAAUAUGUAACCCGCUUGCUCUUGGGAUCCCCAUGCCAUGGCCCAUGGGCACCAUUUUUUCUUAUUGCCAUUGUUGCAAAACAAUCACAGUAAACUACAACGUAUAUCAACCUCAUUCCAUAUGUGUAUCAUUAGUUAGGCUAAGUUAGCAUUGAAAAACAAUCAUCAGAACUACCCACUCAGUAAGUCACACUAGCCACUCGACUCUACUCUUUCCAACUCAGUUGCUAUGUACAAUAUCUAAUAAAACCUAUAAAUCAAGGAUCCAAAUCAAUUAAUUCACAUCCAGAUUCACUCGUAACUAAAUGAAACUCUAGCUGAUACUCUCAAUUUGGCACCUAUAUGUAUCUAGAACGGUCAAAUCUAUCUGCCACAACCUUAAUCGGAGCCUAACUCACAUGCAGCCCAAAUUAACCAAAAUGUCAAUGACACUUAAUGUGCCUUACAUGCAACCUGGUUAACUUGCAAAUUGAUUGACCUACAAUCAAAUAGUCGAUGACUCGAUUGCCUUGCAACUUCAUUGGCAAGUAAUCUUUUUUUUUAUUUUUUAUAGAACAUUGGCAAGUAAUCAAAUCAACCAAUAACAUGAUACUAUGACUUGAUUCACAUGUGCCUAAUCAACCUAGUCCAAUUUCAAUCUAACCCAUCCAUUUUAGAAACCCUAUAUAUAGUAAAUCGUUUUUGUUAAUUUAUUUUAUUAAAAUACAAAAGGAUCUAAAAUUAUAGUUGAAUUUAAAAAAACAUGAGUUGACUUAACAUAGACAAAAGACAACGAACAAUUACAUAAAUGAUAGAAUUUACGUACUUCGAUAUUGUGUCUACAAUUAUGAGGAUCAUUGCACCCUGAUUUACCUGAAAGUAUUGUAACUUGAUUAAUUUUCAUUUUUUAUCUAUGAAUUCGAUACAAAAAUUUAAGUUCCUCUGUGGACUUCUUCCAUUGUCCUGCAAAUCCUUUUGAAUCUCAAAGCUAAAUGAACAUGUUAAUGGUGGAUAACGGAGUUGGGAUUUGAUACAUGUUUAAAUCUAUACCAUUAUACGAAAACUACCAUUGCAGAAAUAAAUCUAUAUCAUUACACGAAAAUUACCAUUGCAGAAAUAAAUCUAUACCAUUACACGAAAGUUACCAAUAUAAACAAUCUAUACCAUAAACAAUCAAUACCAUUGCAUAAAUAAAUCUAUAUCAUUACACGAAAACUACCAAUAUAAACAAUCUAUACCAUAAACAAUCAAUACCAUUACAGAAAUAAAUCUAUACCAUUACACGAAAACUACCAAUAUAAACAAUCUAUACCAUUGCAUAUGGUAACCAAUACCACUACACAUUGAAUCAAUAAACAAAAAAUUACUAGGUCUAGGUUUUUAUGUCUAUUAUGGUUGUAUAUGGCUGCUACUGUCCGCCAAAAUCAUAUCUUUGGUACCAAUUCUUUAACAGUGAAUGAACAAGAUUUGACUGCAACAUGAUUUGACACGAAAGGUGACCCUACCAAUUGCAGGAAUGAAUUAGCAGGUACGAGCUUGUGGAGGCAAGCAGUGGCGGGAAAUUAAGCAGACACAAUCUCCACAUUCAGCAAUUAGGUCCCGACACACACACACACACACACAGUGAGAGAGAGAGAGAGAGAGAGAGAGAGAGAGAGAGGGUACCGACACAGAGGGGAGGGAGGCCGCUGCGGUGGCCGGGGCUACUGCCGGCGGUGCGACGGGAGUGGUACGUGGAGGUGGCUACGACGGGUUUGGCUGGAGGGAGGAUAGAACUAGGGUUUGGGUAGAUUAUAUAGAAUAAUCAGGUGUGAUCACUUUUUAAUUUCCAAAAUUACCCUAAAAGAAUCUUGACCGUAAGAUUAAAAAAUAAGGGAAAAUAAUUAAUCAAAUGAUAUAUAAAGAGGUUGCCACCGUGAUUACUAAAAAAAUAAUUAAUCACCCUAACCCAUUUCGGCAAGUUCUUGUAACAUUGGGGUCUCAGCACCAAAGAGUUACAGAUCCUUAUCUUGCAUAACUGCUUGUUGCAAGGGAUGCCAUCUCAUUGCCGGUCUCAAGGUGUCUACCCCCGUGUCAUCAUUGAAGGUAAUUCUAAAAUGGUGAUCCGUCAACUAUAAUACUAUAUCGUAGAUCAGUAGAAGAUUCGCAGUCCCCUGCUAGAGUGUCUUAAGUUAUUGGUCAUGUCCUCUUUGUGUAGUUUGGGGCGGUUCAACGGACUGCCAACUGGGUUGCCCAUAGAGUGGCACGUAAAGCUCUGUAGCUAUCAUCUUUAGAAUUAUCGCCCUUUGACUUUGUAGGAUGACUUCAUUUUUUUUUACAGGCAACCUGUGAAUAUUUUAAUCAGAAGAAACGGUUACAUCAUCCAGUCGGAACUGGUCAAUAAAGAAAUUCCUGUAGAAUACGCCUGCAGAUAAUUCAUACCUCAGCGUACGUGGACGUCAUGAGCUUGCAAUAACUUCUCAAUUAAAGUCGAACUGUCAAUUUCAAGCUAUAGCCUUGUGAAACCCAGCUGGUUCGCUAAUUGGAUGUCGAAUUCUGUUGCCAAGGCUUUCGAUCACCAUCUCUACUCCAAAAGAGCCGUAAACUUUCUUGGUCGCCGCUGCUAGAAAUCUCCCCUGGUGGUCUCGGUACACUGCUCCCCAGGCCAAUCCCUUUAUCAGCCAACAUCCCUGCAUCGGCUUUGUCCACCAAUCCGCCUGCAAGUUGCCCAUAGCUACAUCUUCUGGGCCUUGGUUCUUCUGGUACUCUUCAAGAAUGGAUAUCGCUCGCUACACUAUCUCAUCCUCAAGCCAUUUAAGGCCGUUAAAGAAUAGCACAUUUCUCUCUUUCCACAUUGCCCAUAAAAUCAUUGCCCACCAUUCCAUCAUGUCCGAGCUCUCAUGCUUCAGAACCUCCGCAACCUAGUGCAGACAGGUCACUAUGCGUUGCUUUGGAUGUGUUUUGGGUAGGGCUGCAAAUGAGCCAAACUACUCGCGAUCAACUCGAAGGUUGAAUCGGGAAAAACUCAUUUGAAACUUGAUUCGUUUACUGAUGAGCCAAGUUUGAGCUUAGCUUUGUUCAGCUCGUGAAGCUCGCGAGCUAGCUCGACUCGAUGGCUUGUUGAGCUCAACUCGUGAGUUGGCUCAUUUAGAGCUAAUGAGAUGUCUCAACAUUGUAGUUUGAGGGCCAACUUGAUCACCGACUAAUGGACUAAUCGAUCUAAUUUGGACUUUCAUAAUUCAUAGGAUUGUUAAAUUAUAUAUCUCACAUAAUGUGAAGUUUAACAUGUUGAACAUAUAAGAAAAUAUGCAUUAUUUUUAAUUCCAUAAUGAAAUUAUGUACAAAAU